AUGGUAAAGGAUGGGCAGGUCUCUUCCUUUCAACGUCGUAUUGAUACGUCAACAAAAGACGAUUCUGAAUCUGCUGUCAAGCCAUCUAAACCUGAAAAACCUAACUCAAAAAAUGAAGAUGUACAGCCUCAGAAACCGACUCAGGUUUCUAAAAGUUCCCUCAAAAAUAAUAAUGUUAAAGAUUCUGAUGUACAGCCUCAGAAACCGACUCAGGUUUCUAAGAGUUCCCAAAAAAAUAAUAAUGUUAAAGAUUCUGAUGUACAGCCUCAGAAACCGACUCAGGUUUCUAAGA